AUAGAUUAGCUUGGUCUGGUGUUCGCUCUGUUUUGGUAAUCUACUAAACAUCCUGUUUCUGUUUGGACUAGUAAAAGAGUUAAAGGAAGUGUAGCGGGGAAGGUGGAUGCGUAUCGCUUGAAUGUGACUUGAAUUAUGUUUCUUACGGAAUUUGGAUGUUAGAUUGUUUCAGACGCAUGGUCAUGCGUUUUGUUUUCACGCAUGAAAAUAUCGCAGCAUUGGUUUGUUGACAAUGCAGCAGGUGGUUCACAGUAAGCUAAUGUUAGCUGACUCUAAUUAGUGGUUGCUAUGAUGGAACCACUUUGCGAGUAUUUCAUGUAUUUUCCUGCCGCUCCAAUAUCGAGUCUCUUGGAUCCGGCGGAGUACGCAACUCUUCCGCGGCGAAAUCACGUCUACCUCGGCGAGACCGUCCAGUUCCUGCUGGUGCUGCGGUUCCGGGAUGACCGCUCCAGUGGGUUACCCUGGAAGGACCAGCUGGGAUCUCUGUCUGCUGUGGCGAGUGUGUGCGUCGCUGAGAGCCGGCAGCCGAGGCACGGUGAGGGGCAACCAGACCUCCAGAGCAGCUGCAGCGAAGACGACGAGGAAAAAGAUCUAAGGGAGAGGGAAUCCGGAUGCACCGACAGCAACCGGACCUUCAAAGCGUGCAACACGUUUCUCGUUCACAAGAACCCGGCGUCUGAUGGGCGACUGGAUGGGAAGGAACCGGUUAAGUCUGCUCUGGUGUUAGAUGACCAGGUUAUCUUCUGCCUCACAGUCUCUUUGGACAAGCUGCCAGUGAACACACUCAAAGCCAAGAUCAUGGUGACUUUGUGGAAGCAGGAGGAAGAAAAUGUGGAAGUGAGGGAACAUGGCUACCUGACUCUUCUGCAGCUCAGGAGCCCAACACACACCUUCAGACAGGACCUGAGCACCUUCAAGGCACAGGUCAACACCACCCUGAAUGUUCUGCCACCUCCCAGCGUCCAGUGUCAGCAGCUGACCGUGUCUGGAAAACACUUGACAGUUCUUAAAGUGGUGAACUGCAGCUCUCAGGAGGAGAUGUGUGUAAGAGACAUGAAGAUCCUUCCCAACUAUAACUUGUCCUAUCUUCCGAUGAUGCCAGAUGGUUCAGUGCUCAUAGUUGACAAUGUGUGCCACCAAUCAGCUGAGGUCACCAUGGCGUCAUUCUAUCGGAUAGAUAGUGAGUCAUCACGCUUACCAAGCACGCUCGGUGCCCUGGAGCAACAGAACUUUCUAUUUCAGCUACAGCUUCAAAACAAACCAGAAGAGGACUCCAGUGAGGGUAUGGAAAUCCCUUUGGUGGCUGUGUUACAAUGGUAUUCUCCAGCACUUCCUCUCACAAGAUAUAUCUCUAGUUAUUACUCGUUGCCCAGUAUUCGCUUGGAUCGUCCUCAGCUGGUGAUGACAGCUUCCUGUCCAAGGGCAGUCAGGCCUUUGGAGCACUUCUGGGUAAAAUACACCCUCCUGAACAACUUGCAGGACUUUGCCGUCCAUCUGAUCUGGAAUUCUGAAGCUCAAAGUCAUCAGCAGGACGCCAGGGAUGAAGCAGUGGUGUGCCAGUCUCCUAUCAACAACCUGGGACAGUGUAGCAAGGGCUCCACCCUCUCAUUCACUGUGGCCUUCCAGAUCCUCAGAACUGGACUCUUUGAGUUAAGCCAGCAUAUGAAACUGAAGCUUCAGCUCACAGCUACUGUGUCCACUCCUCCUCCUCGAUCACCCCUGAAGAAAUCUCCAUUAUCAUCAAGCUUGGUAGCCGGUGAGCUUCUAGAGACACGUACCCUGGGCCGAUCUCAGAGCUUCUCCCACCAACAGUCGGCCAGAUCAAACCAUAUUAGGACAGGCAGUGUGAUGGAGCAUCGGGGAAUCACACCACUUAUGGGACCUUCAAUGGGCAGAGCCACCCAGCUUCCCCCUGACCACACCCUCAUUUCAUUGGACAAAGUAGCCAAGAGAAAGUGUAAAGUGUUGGUGCUGGAACAUGUCCAAGAGGCAUACUGCAGAUGACGUGGAGAGGAAUGUUGUAAUGAAGAUACAUUCGUCAGUGUUCAUCGAUCAGUCCAGGCUCCAUGGAAGGAGGAGCAGAGAAGAGUAGAAUCAAAGGCCAGGAGGAGUGGUGUUGACGUGGUGGAAAGAUGCUGCUCUGCAGAGAUGAUGAAAGGAAAAGCCCUCGUCAAGCCACAGCGGUUAUUCAUUUCACUGGUUUAUCAUUUCACUGGAUUACUUACCAGUUAUUUUUUUUCGUAAGACAUUUUCUCCAAGCCUGCAUUUAAUUUAAGUCUGUGGGAUAUUUUUUACUCUCCUAUGUCUGGGUGAUUUUGUUGUAAUUACAUAUGAAGGUUUAAGGGUUUUAUUAAAGCAUCAUUGACUGUUUUUUUUUGUAUACGGCAGCUCACGUGUCAUUUUGGAUUGUCAGUAAGGAAACCUCUGAUUGGCUACAUUUGUAUGUACACUUGUUUGCCAUCACAGUCAGAAAAGUUCCAACUCAGCUCCAUCUGGAAACGAAGAGUCUGCAGCAGUCCCAGUUCGACCUUGUGCACACUGUCUGUUUAUCUGUUUCCCAUGACCUCCUUGCAAAUAGCCCUGAGCCCAGCUGCAGCCAACACCUUCAGGAUAAACUGGACCUCUGGCUAUUACACAGACUGAAGAGCAGCACAUUAAUCAUUACACAUAUCAUAUACUGCCGGAAGGUUUGGCCGUCUAUACCUUUGGCCAUGUAGAUAACUAGAAAGCUUGUCUCCAAAGCCAGCUAGGUUCUGGUCAGAAAGAGUAUGUGCUAAGCUAAGCUAAACGUGUGCUGAAAGUAAUUUUGUUCUGUGCUGAAAAUCGAAACUGAUAUUAAUCAACAGUCAGAUUCUGGGUAAUGAAGCAAUAACAGAGGCCCCACAACCUCAGACUGCUCCUUUAAAUAAUCGUGGACAUAUGCUGCUCUAUAUUCGGACUGGGUAGAUCCUAUGGUUUUUAACAGCAAUCUUUUUUUUUUGGUCCAUAAAAUCCUGAAACAUGCUACUCUGUUAGGAUAAUGUAACUACGGUAAUAUAUUAAUGAAAAUGAUAAUGGCUGUCUUUGUAAUUGGACCACAAACAUGUUAUAGUCAGUUUAUAAAAGUUUACAGCCAAUUCGAGGAAGCGAUAUGCUCAGACUGACUUUCAUCUGUAAAAAUCUAUUUUCAAAAUAGGACAUAAUUUCAAUGUGAAUGUAUUGCAGCUUCAGAAAGGAGUCCUUACACAGACUGAUUUGAUCUAUAUUGUGAAUGUUGAAUUUAUUCUUGUAAGUUCUGUAGAAUCUAGUUUUAAAUGGAUGCUUUUAGUCUUUAGUUUGAACUGUCUGCAGUCGAUCAGUGCAUCGAUGUACCAAAAACUUUUGCAGUGUACUCUCCUUGUUUUGUUGUACGUGAAGUUUUCCCCAGCUGUGCAUCACAAGAUAUAUAAUCUGAAUGAAAGCUGUCAUGAAUAAUGUGAAGUGCAGUGGGGGCAGGGUGGAGGUAAUGGGGUUCUACUGGCAUUUAGUUUCUUUUACAUUUCUAGAUUUAAGUCGUCCCAGUGAACGAGGCGCAGAACAAUAUGGUCUUAUGGGACCAUUAAAGUCUCAGCUCAUUAAAGGCUUUCAGGCAGCUGUUUAAUGCAGGUUAAAAAAUGUGUACAGAAUCACCUGACCUACCUCUCAGUAUCGGGUCACACCUGCUAAAUAAGCAAAGGUAUAAGAUGCCACAGAGACUUAGGUUGUGCCUGAAAUCCUUCCCCCUCCCCACUGUUUGGACAGUUCUAUGUAGAGUCUAUACAGUGGGCUCAUCAGUGCUCAUUUUCUCUGUAACACAAUUGUCAAUGUGCCACAUCAAUAAAUACCUGAAGCGUUUUAGAGAUAAAUACAUAUUUUACUGAGCGUUUUUUCAACACAAAUAUUUAUUGUCUGCUACAACUUUCAAUUCUCUUAAAUCUAGGCCUUUUCUGUUAUCAGCUGCUUUUUAGUGAGUCACAUCAGGUUUUUUUCAUCUUUGUCUAUGUUACUUAUACAAAAUGUAUUUUUUGUAGCUGUAAAUAAUCUCCAUUCAUUUAUUAUACGAAACUGUAUUGGGAAAGACUAACCUCAUAGCCUCAUGGAGUUAAAAGUUUUAAUCAGAUGACACUUGAUGUGACAUCAGAAAGGCUGUUUCAUCAGGCGGACAGAGCAGAACUAGUUACUCUGGAAAAUACUGUAUAGACUGUUGUGAUUGAACCCACUGACACAAAGUGUUGUCAGUGUAAUUUGCUCACCAUUCCAAGAGAAUCUGGUAAUUUAAAUCCCACUGAUGUUCCUGCCCUUUUCAACAAAAAGCUUUCUCCUGCAGCUUGUUAACAGAUGUGAAUCGCAGGGAUUCCAAACACAUCUGGAGAGUUUAUCUAAGCGUAGGAUUACAAAGCCCAGCUAGUUAAUCCACAAGGUUAAAAUGCUCACUCCACAAGUUCAUUGUUGGAUAGACUGACAUACAUACAUACAUACAUACAUACUCAACAUUUGAAUUACCAGUAGGACUCAGAGAUAAGUUGUUUUGGAGAGAAGUUUUAGGGUUUAUCAUUCAGAGAACAUUACUGUGCUUUGUCAAUUCUUUCAAUAUUUUAUUUGGGUUUACAAAUGGAUUUCAGAAAAUGAACUUUGUAGACCACACACCACCUUGUAAUGGACCAAAGUACUGGUUUUAAACCAGAAUAGAAAUUUCAAAGCAAGCCACUUGCCGUUUGUACCAUUCUACAAAAGGGGAAUGAAAUAUAUUCUACACAGCAGCAAUGUCGGAACUAACUUUUACUGUAAUUUCAAAAAUAUCUUCAAUGAUUGUAUUAGAAUAGCAUAUAAUGUUGGGAAUAAUAAUCUCUCUAAUUUUUCAUUUCUGGAGCAGAACUCAAUCAGGUAGAGAAAGAUAGCAUUUUAAUGUUUUCUUAUUGUGUCUCUUUAAAUUAAAAAACAAAUAAAACUUUCAUUCUACAUUUUAA